UUAUACACAUAGAAAUUACUCCAACGUUUGAUAGAUAGAUAAACGCCGCGCGGCGUUCCUGCGCGUGUAUGUUUUGCUCGUUUACUCGAUCAGAACCGGCAAAAUGGACGAUAUAGUACUCCGAGUAUCUGAUCAUGUUUUAGAAGUGAUAUUUUCCUAUUUAGAUCUGCACACAUUGAGAAACUGUUCGUUGGUGUGCAAACGAUGGAACCGUUUCCUAAACGAUGAGAACAAUGACGCGUGGAGAAUGCACUGCAUCAGAAAACUGGCCCAAGAGGCGCUCAGUUCCGAUUUAUUGUCAUCGGUACCUACCUACAAAUCGAAACUUCGUGCAUUUUAUCACGCGUGGAACCCCAAUGACUGUUCCCGUAAUAUUUAUAUUAGACCGAAUGGAUUUACAAUGCACAGUUAUAGGAAUCCAGUUGCUCAGAGCACAGAUGCCUGUAGAGGUAAAAUUGGCUUCCGGCAUGGACGUCAUGCCUGGGAAGUUAUUUGGGAAGGUCCUCUGGGAACGGUAGCAGUAAUAGGUAUAGCUACGAGAGAAGCACCUUUGUUGUGUCACGGAUACGUAGCAUUAGUUGGCUCUGACGAGCACUCAUGGGGAUGGAAUCUAGUGGAUAACCAUCUGUUACAUAAUGGGAAUGUGCAGGGAAAUUAUCCUUUGCUUAACAAUGCUCCAAAAUACCAGGUUGGGGAAAGAAUUAGAGUAAUAUUAGAUUGUGAUGAUAACACAUUAUCUUUUGAAAGAAAUUAUGAAUUUUUGGGAGUGGCAUUUAGAGGGUUGCCAGACAAAAGAUUAUACCCAUCUGUAUCUGCUGUGUAUGGAAAUACAGAGGUAUCUAUGGUGUACUUAGGACCACCUUUAGAUGGCUAACACUUUACUUCUAGUAGAGACAUAUCCCCAGAGGCUUAAUAAGGCUGUAUGAAGUCUGAAUGCAACAUUGUUUGCAUCAUACCAAAAUGUCUACUAUGAAGUAGAACAAGCACACAAAUGAAGUGUAUGAUAUCUUUUAAGAGAGAUGUGUGCCUGUUCAUUCAGUCAAUAUCAUUGUAAAUAGUAUUAGCAUUCCAUUUCAAUCGAUAAAUUCAUGAUAGUGCUUUAUACAAUGCUAACAGUUAUAAGUUACUCGAUAAAAAACAUCUAUAAGUUUCACUUGAAAUCAUACAUUUGCUAAUAGCCAGCGGUCUGUGCAUUUGAUAAUGAAAUUUCUCAUCUAGAUUUCACGAUUGAAAGUAUCUUUAUACAAGAAUGUUGUGACGUAUUACGGAUUUCAAAAUGAUCAUGUAAAGAUAUUCUUAAAUUAGGCGAUUUGUGAGAAAGAAGUUCCUCCGUGAAGAAAAUAUGAAUAUUCUUCCAGCGGAUAUGAAUCAGAAUUAUUUUUUUAUUUUAUUCUUUUCAUAUCAUGUAGAUCGCAACUUUUAGUUGAUAUUUCUGUAUAGAAAAAUAAGUAUUAUUCUUUACUCUUGCAUGCAAUAUUAAUAUUCGAGUCCUUGUAUAAAUAUAUGCUUUAUAUGAACCUUAUAAAAUUCACUCGUCUGCUAAAGGAAUGGAAAAAUCUUACUUGUUUAUAAAAUAGUCACAUAUUGCGAUAAUUAGCUUAUUUCUAUCAUUAUUAACGAGUCUACUACUAACAGUAUAAUUUUGCGAGGACUGUGAGAGGAACAACUGUGAUUCGUCUGCAUUUUAUUAGUAUAUUCGUUUUUUUCAAAGAUAUUUGCAUAAGUGUUUUAUUUAUUUAUUUAUGGCUGUUAAAAUAUUUCAUGUUUAGAAGACUAAAUAUUAAGGCUCUUUCUUAUGAAACAUUUUUUUUUUUUAGUCUUUUUUAUUAUAUAUAUGUAGAUAUUUAUAUGUAAUUUAAAUUAAUAUUUAUUUUCUAAUGGUAAGAAACGACUUUUUUAAAAUACCGAUAGAAUUCGAGCAGCGAAAUUGUCAAACAAAUCGAAGAUUAUUUCGAAAUUACAGUAUACAGGGUGUUCCAGUUAAAGUGUUCAUAGCUGCUUUAUUUGUCAAUGUAUAAAGCAAUGUCGUAAAUUGUAACAUAUAUUACGGUAGUAAAAUUCCGAUCGAUUUGUAUAAUAAUUAAUCAUUUUCUUUUUUAAGUAGGACAACGCUAGAAAACAAAACUAGUACCUGUCGAAUUCAUCUAUGCAAUAUCAUAGUCGAACUGAUUUUUUUAUUCUCUACGAGAAUUUCGUACAAUGUAGAUUUGUGUAUACAGUUUUAUUCAUUUGCGAAAUCAUUAUGGAUGUAUAAUCGCGCUGUGAAGUUCAACGAUCACUAUUGUAAUUGAUGCACAACAGAUCUUACUUAAUUAAUGUAAUCGACAUUUCGAUUCGCUUAUGCAUUUAAUGUAAGAAAAUCAUGUAUCGACUAUGGAUGAAAGUUGUACAUCGUGCUCUUCGAAAUGUAUUUAUAAAUAUGAUGGCGAGUAAGAAUGAUUUUUUAAUGUACAUAUUUAUUAUUGCCAUUACAUUUGUUACGUGUAGCUUCGGUAAAAUUAGGUUUUUCUAAACUUUUGUACAGAAUUGUGUACAUAUAAUAGCGAUCAUGGAUGUAUGAGAGAAAAAUAAACCUUGUUUCGUAUACGCCCAAUGGUUUCAUUCGCAUAAAUAACAGACAUUGCGGGUCACGGACUGAUUUAGAACUAAUACCUCUCUCGAUCGUUGAUCGAUCCAGUCAGGUCUCCAUGGAAAGAAGCAUAUUCUCGUUUAGAAAAUGCGAAAAGUAAUAUAAGUUACUUCGAAUACGAACUACCAAUAUUACACGUGGAGUAUAGUGGUGCCUUAUUACAAUUCUUUCGAUGUAAUCUCGAUGUGGCUACGAUAAUACAGUGACAGUACUAAGUAUUUCAAUUUUAAUCGACAUCAACCCGUUGAAACAAUUCGGAUCAUCGGUAAAAAAGAACAAAAUGCAUCGUUUUGUAAAUACACGUGUUACACGCGCAUCAUGUAACCAUAUUCGCGAAACCAUUCUGUACAAAUGUUUAGAGGAAGUGUGAAUUAGUCGUGAUACGAUUAAGCUUGGAACACCGGUAUACUUGCACGUAUAUCAGAAGUACGAGAGUUUUAAACAAAAAGAAAAAAAAGAAUGUACAUCGCUCUGUAAAUAAAUUAUUUUAUUUUAAUGCUUUAA